AUGGCUGUUCCUCGAUUAGACCUGAAAAACAACCUGUUGGACUGGUCGCCGCCAGCCAAAAAAAUCAACGGUUCUGCCGACGUGCAGAGCUUUCUGCAUUCGGUGGCCAUCGACCGCAUCAAGACAGCACUGAUGCUGAUCUGCCAAAAGGUCAGCUUGAAAUCUGUGCCGGAAGGAGUUCUGGACACUUCGCUGGUGGAAUCACCCAAUGAGCCAAUAUCAAGCACGCUGCUUGACCUGCCCCCGCCAACGACAGAGUUCGACCAAAAAACGCUCUCGCCCAACGUCCAACGAGUGCUCGAUUUUCUUGCCGAGCUGAGCCUCCUGAUGGACCAGGUCCCGCCGCUGCCUGGACCCAGACGGUACGGAAACAUGGCUUGUCGCAACUGGCACGACCUGCUGGAGAAGAAGGUGGACGGCUGGCUUGAUCUGCACCUGCGCCCGCUGUUUGCGUCCCAGGUGGACGGCCAGUUUGCCGGGUUUGUUUCCGAGGCCAGAUACUACAUUCUAGGGGCGUUUGGGUCGCGCGACCGUCUUGACUACGGCACAGGCCACGAGCUGUCGUUUCUGGCCUUUUUUGCCAGCCUGCUCAUGUGCCAAUUGCUGGACCAGGACUCUCUCGAGGGCGUCGAGAUACUGGUCAUCUUUGGCAAGUACUACGAUCUCGUGAAACGUUUGAUCCUGACGUACACGCUGGAGCCGGCGGGCUCGCACGGGGUGUGGGGGCUCGACGACCAUUUCCACUUGAUCUACAUCAUUGGAGCCUCGCAGCUGGUGGACUCCGAGACCGUGGGAACCGAACGAAAAAGCGCAAGGGCUGUGAACUUCCGCAUGGGGCUCACGCCGUCGACGGUGCUGAACCCGGCCGUGACUAAACAGCAGGCGCACCGCAACCUCUUCUACAACGCCAUCGGGUUCAUUCGGCGCGUGAAAAAGGGCAAUUUCAGCGAGCACUCGCCGCUGCUCUACGAAAUAUGCACCUCUAAACCCUGGGAAAAAAUAGCACUGGGCAUGAUUAAAAUGUUCCAGGGCGAGGUGCUCUCGAAAUUCCCUGUUGUGCAGCACUUCUACUUUGGCCAUGUGCUGUUCCCCUGGAAAGACGCCGUUUCGCUCAGAGACCUGCCUGAGUCCUCGCCAGACGCGGAGCCCGAAAAGACGGCUCCUGCGAAAACAGACUACCGCAGCGAGGCCGAGCUCGCUAUGCACUCGCUGUACCAGCGAAGAGAAGAGGAACUGGCGAUGCUUGCGGAAAAACGCCCGUCCGCCGUGCCCAAAGCUACUCGCGCGCCGUGGAAAUGA